AUGCCAAUACCAGAUCGAGAAAUUUGGGAAACUAUUGCUAAUCGUUAUUAUGAAUUAUGGAAUUUUCCGAAUUGUGUAGGUAGUAUCGAUGGCAAGCAUAUCCGAAUUAAAGCACCAGCACAUUCUGGAUCGUCAUUUUUUAAUUAUAAAGGUUUUUUUUCAAUCAAAUUAAUGGCUACCGCAGACGCCGACGGAAAAUUCAUCACUGUAGACGUGGGAGAAUUUGGUCGUAAUAGUGACGGGAGAGUCUUUAAAGAAUGCGCUUUUGGUCAAUUAUUGCUUCAAAAAAAACUUAACCUGCCUGAUGAUUCUUGUUUGCAAAUGAAGAAAAUAGUCUACCAUUUCCGUAUUACUUCGUGGCGGAUGAGGCUUUUCCUUUACUCGAAAAUGUGA